GUGCGGGCGCAGCGGCACCAGCACCGGUAGACGUGGAGAAUCCAGUUGCUGGGAUUCUUGAGGGUGCUGGAGCCCAGCUGGGCGGUACCCAGCGAAUUGUGCUUUCUGGGCAAGAAACCAGGCAAGGACGUUGGAAGAGCAGGAGUGGUCACCUCCCAGGGCACAAGCACUUGCCCCGGGUAGUCCCCAGCGUGAGGGCGAGGUCAGCCCCUCCCUGGGCCCAGGUGAACUUCUCCACGGUGGAUUUUCCGGUCCCGUGGACUGAAGGGGAACUCCCGCUCAAGUCUCCACCCCUAGUGGGGCGGGUCCGUUCGGAAUAAGACCCGCUGCCGGGAGCAGAGGGAGUGACCUGCCCCGCCACAGCAGAGUAUCGCUGCCGGUGUCUGCAGGAGCGAGGAACUUCUGCCUGGGUGACUGACCUCUUAUCGUGGCCAUGGCAAGCAAAGGAGGUACCAUCAGAGCUGCUUCAGGAUUCAAUGCCUCUGAAGAUGCCCAGAACCUGAGGAAGGCCAUGAAAGGGUUGGGCACAGAUGAAGAUGCCAUUAUCAACAUCGUGGCCUUUCGCAACACGGCACAGCGCCAGGAGAUCAGGACCACCUACAAAGCCACCCUGGGCCGGGAUCUGUUGGAUGACCUGAAGUCAGAACUGACUGGCAACUUCGAGAAGGUGAUCUUGGGAAUGAUGACAUCCACUGUGCUGUACGACGUGCAGGAGCUGCGAAAGGCUAUGAAGGGAGCUGGCACCGAUGAGGGCUGUCUGAUUGAGAUCCUGGCCUCCCGGUCACCUGAAGAGCUCAGCCUCAUAAAGGAGAACUACCAGCUGCAAUAUGGAAAUAGCCUUGAAGACGACAUUCGGUCCGACACAUCGUUCAUGUUCCAGCGAGUGCUGGUGUCUCUGAGCACUGGUGGCAGAGAUACAGGAAAUGCUCUGGAUGAUGCUCUCGUGCAAAAGGAUGCCCAGGAUCUGUAUGAGGCUGGAGAAAAAAAAUGGGGGACAGAUGAGGUGAAAUUUCUAACUAUUCUGUGUACCCGGAAUCGAAAUCAUUUGUUGCAUGUGUUUGAUGAAUACAAGAGGAUUUCAAAGAAGGACAUCGAACAGAGUAUUAAAUCAGAAACAUCUGGUAGCUUCGAAGAUGCUCUUCUGGCUAUAGUAAAGUGCAUGAGAAACAAGCCUGCAUAUUUUGCUGAAAGACUCUAUAAAUCUAUGAAGGGCUUGGGUACUGAUGACGACACCCUCAUCAGAGUGAUGGUUUCUCGAGCAGAGAUUGAUAUGUUGGACAUCCGGGCUAACUUCAAGAAGAUGUAUGGGAAAUCUCUGCACUCUUUCAUCAAGGGGGACACUUCUGGAGACUACAAAAAGGUACUGCUCAUUCUCUGUGGAGGAGAAGAUUAAAAUCAAGUCCCAAAAGGAUUAGAGGAUUCCCAAUGCUUUGAAAAUUUUUUAACUUCAUUUUUCUACACUGCUAUUAACAUUAUCUCAGCCUGCUUAUUUCCAAUUAAAAACGCCUACAGAUGCCUCCUAGGAUGCGGACUGUCUGUAUUAUGAUUCAUCUGUAAUUAGUCACUAUGCUUUAAAGCUGUACUUGCAUUUCAAAGCCUAUAAAACUUAAAAGGAGAUUUAAAAUUAGAAUUAAAUAUGUACUCCACUUCUUUAACAGAUUUCUUGUGUGUUUGUGUUUCACAGAAUUUGGAAUAUAUUAAACUAUUGCAUGUUUUCUACUAGUUAAUUAAAUUAUGAAAGAUUGUUCUAGAAUCACCUUUCUUCACUAGUUCUACUAUUUUGGAGUGGUUAGUACUAUCUGGUUUUGAAAUUGUGAGCAUCUAGCUCAUAAGACUAACCUUCAGUUUUGCUACUUCACACAUAGUUUGAAAACAUCUACGGCUCUUAAACUUUGAUUAAAGUUAGUUCAUAAUACUAGUUGGUCUUUACUAAGUUUGAUGUGGAAGAGUUCCUUCGUCUCAUCUUAUAUGAAGGUUACUUACUCCUCCCAGGUUGAAAUACAUCAAAAUCACCAACUUGUCUGCACAAUUUAAAUUCUGAGCGUAUUUUAAAGAUAAUAUGUGCCUGGUUAUCAAAUAUAAAUGCUGAACAUUCCACAAUAGUAUGGUUGAAUGUCUUACUCUAGCUUGAAGAAGAAUAGGAAAAGAAUAAAUGCACUAAGUACUCUGGUGAUGGAUGUAAUGAUCAGAAUUUACUUUUACUUAAAGGAAAUAUGUGUGUUCAUGCUAAAAAUAAUUUUUUAAUUAUUGAUUUUGUUGAUUUGCAGUAAUGUACAUUUCAACUCUAAGAUUACUCUGAAAGUGCACUUGGACUUAAUUCAAAAGUUCAGUUUGUAUACAACGUAGAAAAAUAAUUUUAAUAAAACAUGUUAUCUUUCCUGA